AUGCCUUCAGAGCCCCGGCGAGCAGGGAAACCUCCUGAGGGGGUAGAUCAUGGUAUAAAUUUCAAGAAGAAGCUUGCCCACUACAAGCAGGAGGUUCAAUGGCGCGACAUUUUCCUUUUCCUGCUCGCGUUUCGUAUUCUAAACGCAUUGUCCAUUCGGACAUUUUUUCAGCCAGAUGAAUAUUUUCAAUCGCUUGAGCCGGCAUGGCAGAUGACUUUUGGGUCUGAUAGCGGCGCAUGGAUUACUUGGGAAUGGCAGCAUCGACUUCGCUCUUCGAUUCAUCCAGCCAUAUUUGCCGCGGUCUAUUUCAUCGCCUCGAAAAUCGCUACGUUACUCCAUUUUGCACCGUCCUAUACAGCUGAGCUAUUGGUCGCAGCACCCCACGUACUUCAAGCUAUCUCUGCGGCGCUAUGCGAUUACUAUACUGCAAAAUUGGCAGAAAAACUAUAUGGAAGAGGCAGUAACGCGGCGUGGGCUACUCUUGCAUUGACUGUAUGUAGUCCAUGGCAGUGGUUUUGUUCCUCGCGAACCUUGUCGAACUGUCUCGAGACAACCUUGACGAUCUCAGCGCUGUUCCUUUGGCCGUGGCACCGGUUUCGAGGCUUUCCCAGAGAAAGCGAAAAGCAGGGCGACGACUCCGCUCGCUCCGCUCGUGCUGAGCUCAGAAAGCUUCGACUGUGUCUCAUUUUAGCCGCUUCGGCGUCAAUCCUUCGUCCAACAAACCUGCUAAUAUGGCUGUGUUUGUCAACAUUUGCUGUGUUAGAUGGGUUUAACCUGUGCCCAUACUGGAACCCAGUUGCAUGGGUUAAGGCUCCUUCUGCUACGCCUUCUCAGACAAGCAAGCGCGAGCUCCUUCUACUUGUCCGUGAGAGUGUUUUGUCACUGGUUUUGGCCAUCUCCGCAUUCUCGGACCGCCUAUACUAUGGAGUCUGGACUUUUCCCCCAUAUCAUUUUCUCCACUUCAACAUUGCACAGUCAUUAGCCGUCUUCUACGGCCGGAAUGACUGGCACUAUUACCUGUCCCAAGGCAUACCGCUCCUUCUUACGACAGCUCUGCCAUUUGGUCUCCUCGGACUAUGGCAAGCGAUCCGCCAGCCGCUCUCUUCAAAGAAGACAACAACAUCAUCUCAGGCUCGAGCAGACGAAAUAAGAUACCAACUCGCUCUCACUGUCGUAAUCCUUGUAUCCACCCUCUCACUUAUCUCUCACAAAGAAGUUCGCUUCAUAUACCCACUUCUUCCAAUACUGCAUAUUCUAGCAUCGCAACCAUUAGCGACAUUCUUCACCUCAGCCAGUAGUGCUCAGGAGAGCAAAAGUGAAGAGCACGAUAACGGAAGCCCUAACAACCUCACCCCGAAACAAUCUACUCUUCGCAAAGGAGUACCCCUCUACGUUCUUCUCUUUCUCAACAUCGCCAUAGCAUACUACACUACACAAGUCCAUCAGUCUGGGCCACUAUCCGUGAUGGCUCACCUUCGACAGGAGCACGAGAAACGCAAUCUCGCAGUGUCCCCUGCUUCUUCCUUAUCUACUGACAGUGCUUCCGAUUCAGACACAUUCAGCACGGUUGGCUUUCUCAUGCCAUGCCACUCGACCCCCUGGCGCAGUCAUCUUGUCUAUCCGAAUUUACAUGCCUGGGCACUUGGCUGCGAGCCUCCAAUUUCACUCAACCCCGCCGAGCGAGCAGUCUAUGUCGAUGAGGCAGAUCGAUUCUAUGCCAACCCUCUGGAGUUUCUACGAACAGAGAUGGCUCUUAUACCGCGUAACAAAGUAUAUGUUGAUGAGAACAUUACAAAAGCAGGCAACAAAAAUAAUGUUCAAAAGUACUGGCCUCAAUAUCUGGUCUUUUUUGAACAGGCUGAGCCUACAUUGCGGACCUUUUUCAACGACCUUGCUGCCAGCAAAGAAACUCGAGAACUUUAUGAGAAUAUCUCUUAUCGAGAAUGCUGGCGUACCUUUAACACCCAUUGGCACGACGACUGGCGACGAAAAGGAGAUAUCGUGAUAUGGUGUCGACAACGAAGUCACUAG